AUGAAUAACAACGACAAACUUGACGACCUGGAUCAUGAAUACUCCAGGUCCGAGUGGACAACUGAUGAAGAUAUAUCAGACUGUAUAAUUAGUAUAGGUGUUUCAGAUUUAAUUGAUGUUACAUUUUUUGAAAACUAUGAAAGUGGUCAAUCAAAAGGUUUUUGUAUAAUAACAUUGCAAUCAGAGCACAGUGUGAAAUUAAUCCUAAAUAAACUACCUAACAAAAAGUUAUAUGGAAAAUCGCCUAUUGUUACUUACGUGACGUUUGAAGCUUAUUUAUUUUUUCAAACAAAAUCUAACACUCAGCCAAUGCCUUCACUGCUAAUUAAUCAGAAUAUACCUGACAUUUCUAAUAGAGUUAUGCAAGAAUCUGUAUCUGAAAAUCCAUUAUUAUUAAUGCAAGAACAAAGUACAUCCAUACUAAUGAAAGAUAUGCAGCUAAAUAGUUCAGAAAAUUCUUAUAAUCAAGGAUUGCCUCGUUCAAGUGAUCGAUACCUAUUAAACAGAUUAAAUCUCUCUAUAAAUGCCUAUAAACAAGGUUUGCACAAAAAAUUUCAAGCAAUGCCUUUGUCAAGACACGAUUUACUAAGUUUUGAUGUAGGGAAUCAUUCUUCUAACUUAGCUUACACUCAAGAUAUAUCAAUUCAAGGCCAACAGUUACCAAAGUAUGCAACAAGCUUCUCUAAUACACCUUCAUCGGUAACUUGUAAACACAACGAAAUGGAAAUUUCACCACAAAAAUUUAAUGAAAUUAUAAGAAGAAAUAGAAUCAUAUCUAGUUCCGCAAUAGCACGUGCUAUUACAAAUUCUGAAAAUGGAGAAUUUUCUGAUGCUAUGGAAACUUUAAUUACAGCAAUAAAGUUAAUUAAAGAAUCUAAAAUUGCUAAUCAUGAAAGCAGUAAUAUAAUAGUGAGGUCUUUACAAGAUGUAUUACAUAUAAUCGAAAUUAAAAAAUUAUAA